UGUAUAAGUCAUUAAGUAUCCCCUUUAUCACAGCUCAGUGUGUUAGGGCAAAAACGCAAUGAGGCCUCAAUUUGUAUUGUUUGGUUCUUCCAUUGUUCAACACAGUUAUUAUGAAGGUUGGGGAGCUACUCUUUCUCACUUGUAUGCUCGUAAGGCAGAUAUAAUUUUGCGGGGAUACGCUGGAUGGAACUCAAGCCGUGCUCUGCAAUGUGUGGAUAAAAUAUUUCCAAAGAAUGCCAUUGAGCAGCCAUCGUUGGUAAUUGUGUACUUCGGUGGUAAUGAUUGUAUUCCUCCACAUCCAAGUGGCCUUGGUCCUCAUGUACCAUUAGGGGAAUACAUAGAAAAUAUGAGGAAAAUUGCUAUCUAUAUAAAGAGUCUCUCAGAAAAGACUCGGAUUAUAUUUCUUAGUAAUCCUCCCAUCAACGAGGAACUACUCAAGCAACACAGUGACGAAUUUGGGCUAAUACCAAGGACAAAUGAAGUAUCUAGAAUAUAUUCAGAAGCGUGUUUGGAACUAUGUCAAGAGAUGAAAAUCAAGGCUAUUGAUAUGUGGUCUGCAAUUCAGAAAAAAGAUGAUUGGAAAAAUGUUUGCCUCAUUGAUGGAGUUCAUCUAUCAAUUGAGGGGAGUGAAAUAUUGAGAAAAGAGAUAUUGAAAGUCCUCAAAGAAGCAGAAUGGGAACCAAGUCUAUAUUGGAAGUCAAUGGCAGUUGAUUUUGGAGAAGAUUCACCAUAUGAUAUUGUUUCUCCAGAUGGAAAAGGAACUAUUAAUUACUCUGACUUUCCUUUUCCUCAAGGAGUAGAGUGGGACUAGACUUGAUUAUGUGCCUUAAAAUACGUAGGUAACAAUAUAUCGAAUAAAAUGCUACAAUCUUGAUGGAAAGGGAACUAUUGAUCAUGGAUUUUCACUUUUCACCUUUUGAGUAGUGAAAUUUGACUGUAUUUAAAUUGAGCAAAUUGUUAUGUAAGUUUAACAACCAUCCAUGGUUUUAUUUUAAGUUUUUGGCUAAUAUUAUAAAUGUAGUUGGUAGUUUUUUAUUUUUACAAAAAUAAAAAAUAGUCAUUUAUUGAAA